AUGUUCAGGACUAAGAGUUGGUUGGUCCCGCUGGCGGUGAUUCUUUAUACGCUUUUCGUUGUUGUGUUGCCACUGAACGAUAAGAUCGGAGUUCGCGCCGCUGAUGAUGUGGAAAGUUAUGGCACAGUGAUUGGUAUUGAUUUGGGUACUACGUACUCGUGUGUUGCAGUGAUGAAGAAUGGUAAGACGGAAAUUUUGGCUAACGAACAGGGGAACCGUAUUACGCCCUCGUACGUUGCAUUUACUGAUGAUGAGAGACUCAUUGGGGAUGCAGCAAAGAACCAGGUUGCUGCUAAUCCAAAGAAUACUGUUUUCGACGUCAAGAGACUUAUUGGUUUGAAGUAUGAUGACAGGUCCGUGCAGAGAGAUAUGAAGCAUUUGCCCUUUAGUGUGGUGAACAACGAUGGUAAACCUGGCGUGGAGGUGACUGUCAAGGGCGAGAAGAAGAUCUUCACGCCUGAGGAGAUCUCUGGUAUGAUCUUGGGUAAGAUGAAGCAGAUUGCGGAAGAUUAUUUGGGUAAGAAAGUGACCCAUGCGGUUGUUACAGUUCCAGCUUAUUUCAGCGAUGCACAGAGACAAGCUACAAAGGAUGCAGGUACUAUUGCAGGUCUAAAUGUGUUGAGAAUUGUCAAUGAACCAACUGCAGCAGCUAUCGCUUAUGGUUUGGAUAAAUCGAAGGAUGAGCACCAGAUCAUCGUGUACGAUCUAGGUGGUGGUACUUUCGAUGUCUCUUUACUAUCCAUCGAGAACGGUGUUUUUGAAGUCCAGGCUACUGCUGGUGAUACUCAUUUGGGUGGUGAAGAUUUCGAUUACAAGAUCGUUCGUCAAUUGAUCAAGACUUUCAAGAAGAAACAUGGUAUCGAUGUCUCUGAUAACGAUAAGGCUUUGGCCAAGUUGAAGAGAGAAGCUGAAAAGGCAAAGCGUGCUUUGUCCAGUCAAAUGUCCACACGUAUUGAAAUCGAUUCUUUUGUCGAUGGUAUUGAUCUAAGUGAAACUUUGACUAGAGCCAAAUUUGAGGAAUUGAACUUAGAUCUUUUCAAAAAGACUUUGAACCCAGUUGAGAAGGUCUUGGAAGAUUCUGGGCUUGAUAAGAAGGAGAUUGACGACAUUGUUCUUGUGGGUGGUUCAACUAGAAUUCCAAAGGUUCAACAACUAUUGGAAUCUUUCUUUGACGGUAAGAAAGCUUCCAAGGGUAUUAAUCCUGAUGAAGCUGUGGCUUUCGGUGCUGCAGUGCAAGCAGGUGUUCUAAGUGGUGAAGAUGGUGUUGAAGAUAUUGUCUUGUUAGACGUCAAUGCCUUGACCUUGGGUAUAGAAACUACUGGUGGUGUCAUGACCUCUUUAAUCAAGAGAAAUACCGCUAUCCCAACAAAGAAGUCCCAGAUUUUCUCCACUGCAGUCGACAACCAGCCAACUGUCAUGAUUAAGGUUUAUGAAGGUGAAAGAGCCAUGGUCAAGGAUAACAACUUGUUGGGUAACUUCGAGUUGACAGGUAUCCCACCUGCUCCAAGAGGUGUUCCACAAAUCGAGGUCACUUUCGCCUUAGACGCAAAUGGUAUUCUAAAGGUCUCUGCUACCGAUAAGGGUACUGGUAAAUCUGAAUCCAUUACAAUCACUAACGACAAGGGUAGAUUGACUCAAGAUGAUAUUGACAGAAUGGUUGAAGAAGCUGAGAAAUUUGCCUCUGAAGACGCUGCCAUUAAGAAGAAGAUCGAAUCCAGAAACAAAUUGGAAAACUAUGCUCACUCCAUCAAGAAUCAAGUUAAUGGUGAUUUGGGUGAAAAGUUGGAUGAAGAAGACAAGGAAACUUUGUUGGAUGCAGCAAACGAUACUUUAGAAUGGUUAGAAGAUAACUUUGACAGUGCCAUCAGUGAAGAUUUCGAAGAAAAAUUCGAUUCUUUGUCCAAGGUCGCUUACCCAAUCACUUCUAAAUUGUACGGCGGUGCUGAAGGUGAUGCAACGGGUGCUUAUGACGAAGAAGAUGAGGACGAUGAUGGUGACUAUUUCGAACACGACGAAUUGUAA